AGUAGAGUCAGUGUCACGUGAUAAAAUCACGCAGAAAGACGCCGCAGUGAAGGUGCGUACAGAGGCUUUUCUUUUGAAAGGUUUUCUAGCCACCUACCGGGUGUGACGUCAUAUUCUGGCGGCUUGUUUUCAGAGUGACACAAACAUGAAGCCCGAGGACCGGAUCACUCCGCGCCGCGAGGACUGCGUCUACACCAGCUGCUACUGUGAAGAAAAUGUUUGGAAACUCUGUGAGUUUGUCAGAACGGAGAGAACCGCACCUCUGGAGGACCUGUUUGUGGUUUUCAUCUCAAAUGAGAACAGGAUGGUUCCUCUGUGGAGGCAGAAGUCUGGACGCGGGGACCAGCCGGUGAUCUGGGAUUACCACGUGGUUCUGCUGCACGUCGCUCCGCAGUCUUCUUCUUCUGUGGUUUAUGAUCUGGACUCCGAGCUGCCAUUUCCCUGCAGCCUGAAGCUGUACACCGCCGCCGCCCUCCGCUCAGACCGCCACCUCGCACCACACUACCACAGGUAACAC